CGACACCGGUGAGGGCUCUCGGGCGGGGCCUAGGACGGGCAAUUUAGUGGGCAGCGGAUUUCACAUCGGAAACAAAACAGCUGCUGAUCGGGAAGGAACCUGGUUGCCAUCGAGCGGCGGCUGCGGCGACAGGGAAAGAACCUGAUUCAGGAGCCUGCAAGUGAUAGCAGCCCUUGAGAUCCUUAGGCAGCUUGGCCUGGAGGAGAACACAUGAAAGAAAGAACCCCUAGAGGCUUUGUUUUCUGUGAAAAAAUAUUUCUAUACAGUUGCUCCAAUGACAGAGUUACCUGCACCCUUGUCCUACUUCCAGAAUGCACAGAUGUCCGAGGACAACCACCUGAGCAAUACUGUACGUAGCCAGAAUGACAUUAGAGAACGGCAGGAGCACGGUGACAGGAGGACCCUUGGCAACCCUGAGCCAUUAUCUAAUGGACGACCCCAGGGUAACUCACCGCCUGUGGUGGAACGAGAUGAAGAAGAAGAUGAGGAGCUGACAUUGAAAUAUGGUGCCAAGCAUGUGAUCAUGCUCUUUGUCCCUGUGACUCUCUGCAUGGUGGUAGUUGUUGCUACCAUCAAAUCAGUCAGCUUUUAUACCCGGAAGGAUGGGCAGCUAAUCUAUACCCCAUUCACAGAAGACACCGAGACUGUAGGCCAGAGAGCCCUGCACUCAAUUCUGAAUGCUGCCAUCAUGAUCAGUGUCAUUGUUGUCAUGACUAUCCUCCUGGUGGUUCUAUAUAAAUACAGGUGCUAUAAGGUCAUUCAUGCCUGGCUUAUUAUAUCAUCUUUAUUGUUGCUGUUCUUUUUUUCAUUCAUUUACCUGGGAGAAGUGUUUAAAACCUAUAACGUUGCUGUGGAUUACAUUACUGUUGCACUGCUGAUCUGGAAUUUUGGUGUGGUGGGAAUGAUUUCCAUACACUGGAAAGGUCCACUUCGACUCCAGCAGGCGUAUCUCAUUAUGAUCAGUGCCCUCAUGGCCCUGGUGUUCAUCAAGUACCUCCCUGAAUGGACUGCAUGGCUUAUCCUGGCUGUAAUCUCAGUAUAUGAUUUAGUGGCCGUUUUGUGUCCAAAAGGUCCACUUCGUAUGCUGGUUGAAACAGCUCAGGAAAGAAAUGAAACUCUUUUUCCAGCUCUCAUUUACUCCUCAACAAUGGUGUGGUUGGUGAACAUGGCGGAAGGAGACCCAGAAGCCCAAAAGAGGGUAUCCAGAAGCUCUAAGUAUAAUACAGAAAGUGCAGAAAGGGAGUCACAAGACACUGUUGCAGAGAAUGAUGAUGGUGGCUUCAGUGAAGAGUGGGAAGCCCAGAGGGACAGUCAGCUAGGGCCUCAUCGCUCUACCCCUGAGUCACGAGCAGUUGCCCAGGAAUUUUCCAACAGCAUCCUAGCCAGUGAAGAUCCAGAGGAAAGAGGAGUAAAACUUGGAUUGGGAGAUUUCAUUUUCUACAGUGUUCUUGUUGGUAAAGCUUCAGCAACAGCCAGUGGAGACUGGAACACAACCAUAGCCUGUUUUGUAGCCAUAUUAAUUGGUUUGUGCCUUACUUUAUUACUCCUCGCCAUUUUCAAGAAAGCUUUGCCAGCUCUUCCAAUCUCUAUCACCUUUGGGCUUGUUUUCUACUUUGCCACAGAUUAUCUUGUACAGCCCUUUAUGGAUCAAUUAGCAUUCCAUCAAUUUUAUAUCUAGCACAUUUGCAGUUUGAAUCCCAUGGAUGUUUCCUUUGACUAUAAUAAAACCUGGAGAGGACAAAGGUGAUUUUCCUGUGUCCACAUCUAACAAAGUCAAGAUUCCCAGCUGGACUUUUGCAGCUUCCUUCCAAGUUUUCCUGACCACCUGCAGUAUUGGACAUUGGAAGGAGGUGUCUUUAGAAAAUGGUUUUGAACAUUCUUCAUCAUGGUGGACUGUGUCCCUCGGUGCAAGGCUAUCAGAUUCGAGGGACAAGGACAAGGAAAUGUGAUGGGCCAAGAAGUUGCUGUGCGCCCUCAACAGUCUGACCCUUGGUCACAGGGAGAUUUUACCAACACUGGAGACUCUCAGGACUACCGUUACCAAGCGGUUAAAUGAAGUGAUUUAAACCAAACAGAACUCUUCAUCUUAAACUACAUGUUGAAAUCAACCCAAUAAAUCUGUAUUAAUUGAAUUCUGAACCUUGCAGGAAGUGCUGCAAGGCACCAACAUCAAAAUGGAGAGGUGGAAAGGGGCUCAAGUUUUCACUUCCAGACUUUUCUGCUGCAGAUUUAUUAUUUUUAAAUAAGAAAUUUCUCCCCACUUUAAGUCAAGUCAGGUCUGUAGGUUGAUUUUGACCAUUUUUGCUCUCAAGAACUGAAACCCAUUAUUGUCUCUAGGAACCAUUUUUUCCCAUGGCCAGCCUGAACUUGUCUGAAGUUGCUUUAUUCUAGAAAUAUUAACUGCAGUUUCCAAAUUCAGUAAUUUCUGAAAAUAAUGGAACUGUUGCUCAGUAGUUCCCUAUCAUCCUUAAGUAAAUUCUGGAUUUUCCACCAAAUUCUUAACUUUUAGAUAUACGUGUAGGUUCACUUGCCCCACAAUGCCUCUUCUGUCACUGUCCUUCCCUUCCUUCCCACACGAGCAGUCCUCUCCCACAGCAAGUAAGGCAGCUCUGUCAUAGUAGCAGAUGAUCCUGGUAUUGUAGGGCUUUAUUCUCUGUAUGAUGCAAAGAAUACGUUAUGAAUCAGUGCUGUCAGCCUUGCUGUCAUAACUUUCUUCCAUAGCAGAUAGAAUGUGUGCCCAAAGACAGAAUUAAAGAAGAGUAAAGUGGUUGGUGAAGCACUUUUGUCCUGGUUUUCCUUUUUUUUUUUUUUUUUUACUAUAGCCCACUGUCACUGACAGUAGGCCAGAGUUUGAACUAAUAGCCAAAAGCUGGUGGAUUAUAAGAUUAUGAGUUAGUCGUAUCGGUACAAAGCAAGAGUUGGAGAAAACUACCAUUUCACUUGGUGAGCUGCAGGAGAACUCGGGGUCAGGAGAAGAACCAGCUGCCAAGAGGGAGAAAGAAGGGGCCUCCAACGCCUCAGGGACAGAACAAGCUGAUGAUGUUAAGGAGGAGAUCCAGGUGGCUCCUCAGAACUUCACAAUGGGUGCUUUGUGGGUGGUCUCCUGUCUGCCUUCAUGUUUCUGUCGAUGUACCUUUGUGUGAAUUGGGCAACGGAGGUGGCGACUGAAGUUACUGUAUUCAAUCUCCAUGCAGUUCAGUGCACAGAGGCAUCAGCCAGGGGGCCACGACCCCUCUACAUAAAGCAUUGCUAGGACACAGCCACAGAGAUCACAUUGUAAGCAUUUGUGAGAAGCUUCAUUUCUUCCCAUGGCUGGAGCAAAGCUGGCUUUUCCUCUACUAAGUGCGGUUGUCUCUCCCAGUCUAUCAGAUGAUCCAGUUUGGGGUUCUCCUGGGAGUUUAUGAUAUUUAUUUUCUGUCACGAGAUAGUUCGCCAAAGAAACAAACUAGGAGUAGUGUUCCUGUACCAACUUGUGUGUGAGUGAAAACUGGCAGAUGAUAGGCAGUUAAGAGCAGGAAGAAUAAUAGCUAUGUGGGCAGCGCCUGUGGCUCAAAGGGGUAGGGCGCUGGCCCCGUAUGCCGGAGGUGGUGGGUUCAAACCCAGCCUCGGCCAAAAACUGCAAAAAAAAAAAAAAAAAGAAAAGAAAA